CUAGAAAGAGUCAAAUAAAACCAAAAUAAAAUAGAAAUGUUAUGAUUUACUGUACAAUAAAAUGAGACAGAAUACAAAAUGCUAGAAAGAGUUACAUAAGAUAAAAUUAAAUUAAAAUGAUUUGAUGUACAAUAAAAGAAGACGCAAUGCAAAGUACAAGAAACUGUAAAAUAAAAUAAUGUUAUGAUGUGACACUCAAAAGAGAAAAAAAGAGUCUUUAGUUCUGCCUUGAGUGUGUUGACAAGCAGGGAGCCCUUAAUGGUAAAAGGUUGACUUUGGGGCACACUUACACUUUACCCUUUAGCCUUGAGCCUCGACAAAGGAAAAGCCAGGAGCGGCUGAUCAGAGGAUCUGAGCGAUAAAGUAGGCAGAGAAGCUCAGAGUUUUAUUUAGAGGCCAGGCCGUUUAGUGUUUAAAAAAACAAAAUAAAGGAACCUAUUCUGAUAUAUUGAUUUGCUGUGUUGCUUGGGCUCUGUAACUGGCGUGUGGUCAAAAGCAGUGUAGUGCGUGUGUUAGUGUUGUUUAUUUACAAUGCUAAAGCUGUGGGGGAGCCCCCCGUGACACCGUCAUAGACCUCAAAUCCCUGACAACAGCUUUCCCUUCGCUCCUAAUGUUUACAUGUGUGACCUCAGUGUGAUCUGCGUCCCUGCUGACCAAUCCAGGGGGAGCGUGCCUGCAGAUGGGGAGCAACAGUGGGGAUGCUGGGUAUCUCAUUGAGCAGUGACGAGGGGGAGUGAGAGAGGGAUGGCAGGAAUUAGGCUGCUGCGGAUUAGUGUCUGAGCUCUGAUUGGCCAUUGGCCGUGGAGACCUUUGCUGUUCUGCAUAGUGCUGAACUGACAAUAACAACAACUUCAUCAAAAACAAGCGAGAUUAUCAUCCCCGGCUUCAUCUGAUCCCCCCAGGAUGUUUAUUUAACUCACACACUGCGGACUGCACCUUCUUAGAUCACAUGUUUUGUUCUUCUUUCUUGAACACAACUCGGAUUUAGUUUAGAUGCACUUUUACAUGAUACAAGAAAGAACAUGGUGGUGCUUCUGACGAAUAACUCGGCUAAAAUCAACUGCUUUCCAACUGUCUUCAGGAGGAAAGCUUUACCAAAGCGAGAUGACGAUGACAAGACCCAGGCGCCGCUGCUGCUCCAGGAGAAUGUGUUCAUCGAGGCCAGCAGGCCCAAGCACCUGGAGGAUCUUCACACUGAGGCCCUGGAGGGGUUGAAAAUGAUGCAGCAGGAGGAAACCAAUAACGGAGUGGAGUUCCAGGAUAAUGAAAGCACAAUUUCGAGAAGGACGGUCCAAACAGAUGGGGAGGGUGGAGGCUUUAUGACAGACAGCACCAUUGCAGACACAUCCUCCAUCGUCUCAGUACAAUCAUCUGUGUCCACGAGAUCGUCCCGCUCUGGACUCACCAGACAAGGAUCAACAUUCAGACCAUUGAACUCUGGGAAAAAGUCAGAAAAGACGAGAAGGAGACGACAUAGGAAGACUGUUGCGGGUAUACCGCAGCAUGUCCAGAGAGAGUGGGGGUUGGACAGACAGGGCUGGACACUGGCUCAUAAGUUAGAUGAAGAACAGCUUUAUAAUGGUGAGACUGAUGAGAGCCCCACCACUGAUGGCCCACAGCUAGCAGCUCAGUCACAAAAGGGAGCCGGUGCCGGCCUUCAAGACAAAAAGAUCAUCCAUCCCCUAAACAAGGCCCAAAUCAAGAAACUCAAUGCCACCCAUGCUGGACAUAGGGAUGACCUGGCCCUGUUGUACCACCUGGGUCCUGACUUUUCAGAUGGACAGAGGCCUCGGUCCCUGGCUGUUCCCUGGAUGACCACUGCCAACAGCCUCCAGCAGGAGCCGCCUAGCCCUGUCAUGUCCAUGUCACCCCAGGCUCCUUACAUGUCCAAAAUCAUUCCCAAUGCUGUGUUGCCACCGUCCAUCGAGGUGGUAGAAAUCAGCCGUAAACAGAGUCGCAACAGCCUUCGCACUGUCAGCAAGAGCAGCCUGCUUCUCUCCAGCCCAGCCCCCUCCCGUGCUUCCUCUAGAGCGUCUUCGUCCAGAACCACUUCCUCCAGAGGUUCUACCAUCACCUCCGCCUCCCGCCAAAACUCCCAAAAUCUGUCUGACAGCUCUUGUUGGAGUAACUCUGAGUCCUCAGAGACCUUGGUGUCUGACUCCUCAACCAUCUCCAGCAGCAGCACCCCCCGCCAGAUGUUGCAGGACGGGGAUGCUUCUGCUAAAGAGGACAAUGUCAGCAAGUCUUCCAAUUACAACUCUAAUGGCGUGCUCAUUGGUAAAGCGCAAGCACCUAAGAAAGAGGGACCGUUUGUGCGUAGCAUGUCCGUCAUGAAGUCCAAGAAGGCUCCUCCUCCUCCAAGCCGCUCCUAUUCCCUCCACAAUAAGAUGAAGCGGCGAUCACGUGAUCUGGCCGAGGUUAGGGUCUUUCCAGGCGAAUCUUCCCUCCACAGAAUCUCCACUACAGUUGAGGAAAAUGAAAAAAACCACUCAGAACCUUCAUCUAUGUCCUCAAGAAUCAUAGACAGCCCUGGCUACAAUGCUGACACCAGUUCUCUGGAUGAAUCCACAGGGUCAUUCAGUCCCAUUAGAGCCCAGGCACUAAAGGCAGAGGAAGCUGUAAAGGUGGAUUAUUCACAAGAGAAGCAGGAACCACCUCAGGAGAAUAAGCCUAGCAAAAUAAUCUCACCGUCCAGUGGUUACUCCAGCCAAGAUGCAACAUCCCCACAGCUUUCUAAACAGCCUCAAAGUACAUCUCCAAGACACAAGAUCAUCUUGGCAAAGCUUCAAAAGUUCUUUCCUGGGUCCACAUCUACUGGUUCAGCUCCGUCCCCUCUCGCACAGUCAGAGGCUCCUGAAAACAGUAAACACUCUGGGGACAAUAACAUGGACUCAGUUGACACAGUCGGCGUCAGUGCCUCUGUAAGGACAUUGAGAGAACUCUUUAACAUCCCUCCGCCACCUAAAGUCCACGCACCUCCACCCCCUCCACCAGAGGUAUGGGCUCACAGCAAGCGAAGCUUUGAGCUGCUGCUUGGACCCCCGGCACCUGACAACCUUGAUGCCAUCAUAAAGAAGAAUCCAAAGGACAGGAGACAACAGAGGCAGUCGCCAUCUGCCUCUACAGAUGGAUCUGUGAAGAGCUCGGUGGUAGAAAGAAAACAGAAGAAUCCAGCUGUAACAGUGGAGUCCAUUAAUGGAUCCUUACAUGUGAUUGAGAGAAGGAAAGUUCAAGAAAGUGUGAUUUCGAGUGCAGAGAUUCAUAAAGAGAAGAAUGAAAGACUGGCUCAGAAUGUUGAUUUGAAAGGAAACGGCAAGGUGACAGAAAAAGCUAAAGUAAGUGACAUAAUAAAUGAGAUGUUAGUGAAGGCUGUAGAGAAACGUGAAGAAAGAGUGACAGCAGCACUCAAAGAAGACCCAAAUAAGACAUCCACAGAAACAACAGAGGUAAAGACCAACAUGGAUAUCUCAUUAGCACACAUUUCUCCAUCACCCUCGCCUGCAGUGUCGCACCAUUCUCCUCAACCCCACGCUAAACAGACCACAGAAGUUACCUCUGUCACAUUAGUACGAGCUGUUGUAUCCCCUGAGUCAUCCUGGCCCCCUCCACCUCCACCUCCACCAAUAGCACAAGUAGGAGUUGCUGGGCCUGAUGUGACAGAUUUUCCCCCGCCUCCCCCAUUGUUUGGUGAGGUAGGGUUUGUCAUACCUGUUCAGGUGCCACCAGAGAGGUCCACUCCUGGUGGGGACUCUUCUGCAACUACAUCUGUUGUAUCAGUAGUGAUAACAGAGGCAGAACCACAGAAUUCAAGUUCAUCCCAAGGGAUUACCCCUCCACCACUGAAUAUCCCUCCUCCACCACCCUACACAGCCCCCCCUCCACCAAUUAAUGCGGUCUCCCCUCCUACAAUUAAAAAGGCCCAUCUGCCGCCAAGAGAAAUCUUUCCACCACCACCUAAAGAAUUCUCUCCUCCACCACCUGAAGAGUUCUCUCCACCACAAACUAAAGAAGUCUCUCCUUUGCCACCUAAAGAAAUUCCUCCCCCACCACCUAAAGAAGUCUCUCCCCCACCACCACCCAAGAAAGUCUCUCCGCCACCACCUAAGGAAGUCUCUCUGCCACCACCUAAAGAAGUCUCUCCUCCAGCCCCUAAGGAAGUCUCUCCCCCACCACCUAAAGAAGUCUCUCCUCCAGCCCCUAAGGAAGUCUCUCCCCCACCACCUAAAGAAGUCUCUCCGCCACCACCUAAAGAAGUCUCUCCGCCACCACCUAAGGAAGUCUCUCCUCCACCACCUAAGGAAGUCUCUCCUCCAGCCCCUAAGGAAGUCUCUCCUCCAGACCCAAAGGAAAUCUCUCCUGCAGCACCUAAAGAAGUCCCCCCCCUACCACCCAAUGAAGUCUCUCUGCCACCACCCAAACAGUCCUCUCCUCUUCUGGUUAAACAUGUCUCCCCUCCACUGGCUAUCAAGGUGCCCCCUUCGACAGAGAUACUCGCUCCAUCUACUGAAGAGGUUGUUCUUUUGUCUUCGCAAAAAUGUGUCUCUCAAUCAUCUGUAGAAGAAACACUUGUUUGCAAGCUCAACCCACCACAAAGUAUUCCACCUCCACCACCCCUACAAUCAAAGCCCUAUUUGUCAGAGCGGGAUAUUUAUCUCCCAAAAGAAGACAUCCUAGCUGAACCUGAAACGAAUCAAGUUUCACCGAGCAGUAUUCUCCUUCCCCCACAGGGUAUCCCACCUCCGCCUCCGGUAGAGCAACCUCAGGCUGUACCUGGUCCAACAACCCAUGAGGUCCCACCAUCGCAACCAUCUGAAGUGUCAAUCCAGAAAGGUCCUGAAACCUCUCCUUCACCAGAAAAGCCCCAAGAACCAGCUCCUUCUCCAUCCGUAAACAUUCCUUUGCCUCCACCUUUACCUGUGCAGGGUCUUACCAGCAUUAAGCUUCAGUCUAGUACUGUAAGCACAGAAAGUCAAGAGCUGACCUCUGCUCAUGUUGUACAGGAGGAACCCACUCCUAUUGUAACCCCCUCCCUCCUACAGAAGGUCAAACUGCGGUCUGUCAACAGCAGUCCAGAGCCCCCUAAAACUCAAGAGGAACUAAAGACUGAGGUCACAAUGAGAAAACAGCAGCCCAGUGAUCAGGUUCCAACCUCAUCUGCCAACGGAGAAGCUCCUCAAAAACCUAUCAGAAGGUCUCUGAUAGUGACCUCUCCUACAUCCACUUCUCUGCCUGUCAUCGUCACUUCACAACCAGCUUUACCCAAGUCCCAGUCUCUUGUGGCUCCACCUGCAUCUUCAUCCACAGUACCCUCCCCUAUGAAAAAGUCUCCUCCUGCUACGACUGCCUCUCCUUCGAUGAAACUACAGGAGGCCAUCCGGCUGAGGACAGCAGCCAGAUCAAAAGAGAGCCCUGCAUCUCGACUCAGCGUGCCAUCACCUACAUCACCAAUAGAUCUCCAAAGGUCCCCCAAGUCUCCCACUAACACAGCAAGUUUUAUCUUCUCCAAGAGCAACAGGAAGGUGGUGAUUGAGACCAAUCCAGUGACAGAGGCCAAGACAAGAGUGCAGAAUAAGCUGGAGGUUUCCCCUGUAACAAAGGUGGUGAGUGAAUCAGAGUCUUUGAAGAAAGGGAGCAAGGUGCCACCACCUGUAGCAAAGAAACCCAAAUCGAAGGCCAAAGAGAAUGAGACCAGUGAAGGGACGGAGCAAACUGCAGGACAGGAAGCACAGCAAGAGAGUAUCCAUGAUGGUGCAGAGAAGACAAAUGGGACAGCAGGUGCGGCGGAAGGAGGAGAAACACUAUCGACAUGAUUGUAAAGACUGAAGGAGACCGGGAAGGACUUACUAAUAACACUGCAAGUUGAUCUUUGUGAGUGAGAGACAUGAAACUGGAUGUGGAUAUAUGCUUAUUUCAAUAACUGGAUUUUGAAACAUGCUGGAUUUAAUAGAAAAUCAUUUGAAUGUCUUGUUAAUGGUGUGGGUCUUAAAGUACACAGUUUGCAUUUUACUAAGAAUCAUCUAUUUUCUUUUGCUAUAGGGGGCAUUCUGAGUUUUACUGUUGCAAGAAAUGGGAAUAUACUGCCCUCUAGUGCCAAACAAUGAUUGUACCACUUAUGUCCUGCUGAAUCAGAGCUUGUGGUUAGAACUUGCAACGAUGGGACUUUUGGGCACUCAUCUGUAAAUAUAGCAACGUGUUGUACAUUUAAAUUAUCCAGUACUGAUGGAUCUGUGCUAUACUGUUUUUUUCUGUAUUUCCCCCCAAAGACUUUCCACACAAAUUAUAUUUGUUAAAAAGAAAAAUAUUAAUUAUCUUAAGUUAUUUUUCCUGUAAUGUUCAGAGGAGGGUCUCUACAGAAUGUCUACUUUGCAAUGUUGUGUUAAACCCUUAUAUCAUCAUAUAAAUCAGUUUGUGUCGAUCUUAAUCCUAUCCAAAUUAGUUUUCUCAAAAUAAAUCCCACUUAAUUUUUUUAUGAUUCAAAGCUAUCGAUGUACAUGAACACUGCUAUCACAAAAAGAAAGAAGUGGACAUGGCAAGUUAUACUGGAAUCACUUUAUAUUUGGAGCAUGUUUUCUGCUGCUUUUAGUUACUGAUAAUGGAGGCUUUGCCUUUCUUACAGUUGUUAUGGCUCUAACAGUGGGAUAUUUCUGUGUUGGACUAUAAUAUAUUUCAAAGUGUUUUCAGACAUCGUAAUGUCAAAUGAUCAUUUAUUAUGGAAAGAAUAAAGAUUUAUGGACAAAUUAAA